UUGCCCAUUAUCAGCUAUCAUCCUCUCUGUGAGUUUCUUCAUUGAGUAAGCCUAAUCCCUAGCUUCUCUUCCUGCUUACCCAGAAUCGCAAUCUUCAAAUCUUUCUUUUGUCACAGAAAAAAGAGACUCAGAGACUCCGGUCUUUAUGCAUUUCCAUGUCUGCUGAUCCUCCUUGACUCACUGAUAAUCCUUUGCAGUCUGUCAAGUUUCUCCUGUGGGAUAGCAUUUAUAUCAGAAAGUUCAUAUCUCUCUGAUCAGAAUGGGCCUCUCAAGUCUGCCAGCUCCAUCUGAAGGGGUACUGUGUGUGCUUCUGGUUAACACUGCAUUUUCUAUAUCCUUAGUUAAAGGCAUUGUUAGAACAAUCCUUCACAUUGUUGGUAUCAGUCUUUCAUCAUCUCCCACCACACCAUCAUCAUCAGAAUCAUCCCCUUCUCAAGACCUGCCUGAGUCUCUCCAGUUUGACCUCUGUUCGCCGGAGAAUUACAUCGAAGAGUUCAGAAGCCGGACACCGACAAUCCGGUUUGACAGUUUGUGUGGUUGCAAACAUCCUGAAGAACAUGACUGCUCUGUAUGUCUGAGUCAAUUUGAACCAGAAUCUGAAGUAAAUCGCUUGUCCUGUGGUCAUCUCUUCCACAAGGAUUGCUUGGAGAAGUGGUUGGGCUACUGGAACAUUACAUGCCCACUUUGCAGGACUCCAUUGUUGCCUGAAGAAGAGGUUUCUUCUUGCUUUUGGUAAGGGACAUGGAGCGAGAGCAUAUAAGGAAGAAGAGCAAAUUUCCUUGUACAGUAUAUAUAGGGUGUGUAAAUAUUGUGAGGUUUUUUGUGUUACUGCGAGUCACCUGGCCUUUUUCAAUCUUUUAGCCUUCUAUAAUCUUGAAUGGUGGAGGCUUGUUUGGCCACCCCUUUGUUUAUGGUCUUUUACAUCAAUUAAUGAAUAUACUUUUCCGUGUUGUGUUUA